AUGAAGUAAAUUGGCCAUUAUACAUACGAUGAAAUAAAUUGUCUCGGAUAAGGAGCAUAUGGCAAAGUCUAUGAAGGAUUAAACACUCUCAAUAACGAAACAGUUGCCAUCAAGAAGUUGGACUUGAUACUCUUCGAAAAGGAUAAAAUCAUCCAAGUUUAGGAGAUAGAAAUCAUGAGCAAACUCAAUCACAAGAACAUAGUCAAAUUUGUUGAGCUCUUGGCUACCAAGAAAUCCCUAUUCAUUGUGACUGAAAUGUGUCGUAGUGGAGAUCUUAAAUCAUUGAUUGCCAGCAAAAAUAUAAGUGAGUAACAAGCUAUCGACAUUAUGCUCUAAAUACUCGAAGGCUUCAAAGAAUUGAUUAAGAGUGGUGUCAUUCAUCGAGAUAUGAAACCAGCCAAUGUUCUCAAUGACAUGGGUACUGUCAAAAUUGCAGAUUUCGGAUUUGCCAAAUACGUUGAGAAUUAUUCCUCACAACUACUUAAGUCCUGUGUUGGAAGUCCUCUCUAUAUGGCACCACAAGUCUUGGAAAGACAUCAUUACAGCACUAAAUGUGAUAUCUGGUCACUUGGCGUCAUCUUUUAUGAAAUGUUGCACUUUGAUGUACCAUGGAAGGGCAGAGAUGAGGAGGACCUCCUACACAACAUCAAAACCUAACCCUUAUAAUUCAAAAAUGAUCUUAGCAAAUUUUCAAAGCAAUUUCUAACUAUCACUCUUGUCAUUGAAGAAGAGAAUCGAGCUUCCUGGAAUCAAAUUUUCGAUCUCUCCCAUACAUCUGAAUUACAAAAAUCUGUUUCUGCCGAAGAUAUCAAUGAAGAGAGCAUAUAAAAAUUACCUACUUGGAUCCAAAGACCUAGCAUUUCAUAACGACAAGACAAAAAAGUCGACGAACAGAAGUACCAAUAGAUUGAGGAAUUACAAUCACUAAGAAAAUAGAUAGCUUAUUAGCAUUUCAUCAUGACAGAGUGUUAUACAGAACAGAUCAAUAAUGAGAAUAACGGAGAAUUACAAUAGGAGAGUAUCAAACAAUUGUUGAAUUAUAUCAAUGAAAACAUUGUUAAAGAAUCAUAUGAUUUGAUCUAGGCUAGCGUUGAUCUGUAUUAGAAAAUGUAAUAGAAAAAUUUGCUUUGGAAAAUGCAAGAACAAUUGAAUGCAGAGCAUAAUUAUUAUAUGUAGAUGUAGAUUGAUGCUAAAAAGUUGUUUGCUCUGAACUAAUAUUAAGGGAAACCUGAUGAUAAAUAAAUUAAUGAAGCAAAAAUAUAAUUGUAAAAAUGCAAAAGUUCAAAUGCUGCUUCAAUGUUGUUAGAUUUGAUAAAUAAUUCAAAUUGGAAAAAAUGAUUCUUAUUUUAAAAUAGAAAAUCAAAAUUACAAAAUUAUCC